AUGGGCGACCAGGUUGUGUCUCAGAAUGCCUCAGAAAUAACACCGCUACUCCAGAAUGCGAAGACUAAGAAGCCGGAUAUGAAGAAGUCCUCCUUAGAGCCAGGUUUCGCCACAGUUCAACCAAACCCUCACAGAGAUGAAAGUAGAACUGCUUUGCAAGAAAUUGAAACUCCUACUCCAGUGGGCCAAAUCAUACCGAAGGCUAGUCACUUCAUUGAUGUUAGUACCGCUCAGUUCUGGACCAUCUUCGCUGGCAUUUUGUUUUCGUAUAUCGUUGCUUUUUUUGAUUCUACCCUGAUGGCCUCGAUACACCCUGUUGUCACUUCGCAUUUUAGAGCCGCAAAUUCCGCUUCGUGGCUGUCGACUGGGUUCCUCUUAACAUGUACAGCAUUUCAGCCUGUUUUUGGCCGACUUUCCGAUACUUUUGGUCGGCGACCAGUUUACCUAUUCUCAAUUAUGAUGUUUUUUGUUACAACUGCUUGGUGUGCUCUUGCUCAGAGUAUCGAGAGCUUUAUCAUCGCAAGAGCGUUCUGUGGCUUUGGAGCUGGUGGCGUUAUCUCCCUUGGGAUGAUAAUGAGUUCAGACCUCAUUUAUGUUGAGUAUAGAGGGAUCUAUCAAUCAUAUCUUAAUCUUGCUUUCGGGACUGGUUCAUCCCUUGGUCUUGCUUUCGGAGGCCUUCUAGCGGACAUCUUUGGCUGGAGAGCUACAUUUGCCAUCCAAUUGCCUUUGAUUUUCACAUAUCUGAUUGUGGCUUAUUUUACCACGCCGGCUUUUCUUGGACCACAAUUUGCACACAAGGAGGAAUUUUCUUUGCUACAGGCUAUCAAAUCCAUCGACUUUGCUGGAUCGUUCUUACUGGUAGCUGGUGUAACAGCGUUGAUGCUAGGCAUCAAUUUGGGAGGAAAUGUGCUAUCAUGGAACCAUCCGCUGGUCAUCUCCUCGUUGAUCGCCUGUGGCUUCAUCACUGCAUUGUUUAUCACAGUUGAGCGCAACGCAACACGGCCUGUGAUGCCUUUGCCACUCCUUUUCAGUGUUCCGCGCGCGAAUUUAAUACUCGGCAACUUUUUUGCGAGCUUCACCAGCAAUACAAUCUUAUUCAAUGCUCCCCUCUACUUCCAAGCGGUUAAACUAGAGUCUGCCACUGACGCGGGUUUUCACCUUGUUACAGCCUCUGUGAUACUUAUGAUAAGCAGCGUGCUUACCGGUUUUCUAAUAACCGCAACACGACGGUUACAGCCUCCGCUUCUACUAGGAAGUGUGUGCUUUAUUCUAGGGACUCUGUCUAUGAGUGGUCUGCAAAAAGAUACCCCCAGUUGGAAAGCCUCUUUGUCCAUUGCCCCGUCUAACCUUGCACAAGGCCUGGCGUUCCCGGCGAUACUGUUGUCUGUAUUGGCCGCUACUAGCUCCGACGAACAGGCGGUUGCAACGACUACGCUCGGCUUAUUCCGUAACCUCGGAUCCGUGAUGGGCAUUGCCUUUAGCAGCUGGACCCUCCAAACAUCCCUCCUCAUGUAUUUGAACCAGUCGGUUACAGGUGUAAAUAAAGCCGAGAUUAUUGGUCUUGUGCGGAAAUCCGUUGCUGCCAUUGCAAAACUUGACCCAAUCCAUCGAAAUGAAGUCAUUUAUGCAUAUGAGAACGCGCUACGUGUGACCUUUCUCUCAACAAUUUUCUCGUCAACUAUGGUUUUUAUUCUGAUCGUUCCCCUUAAGCUAUCGCCUUUACGAAGGAGGGAGUAA